AGCAGAUAAAUAGGAGUAGAUCUCACUCCACGAAUCACACCCCUCCUCAACAAUCCCUUCAGUCCUUGUGUGCUGCCAGAAAGGAAAGCUGAAUUAAAAAUGAAAUUCAUCCUCCUUGCUGCCUCCAUCCUUGGGAUGGCCAUCUGCGCACCUCAGCAGCAGAUGUACAUGGAGUUUGACAUCGAAUAUGCUCCACCUCAGGCAGCCCAGGCUAUCCCUGCUGGAGCCGAGGCAGGAACUCUGGAAGUUCUGCUCCCGGUUGAUGCUCAGAGACAGCCUGUUGGAGGACCUGUGCAUGGUUUCAUCAAGCAAGAGAUCCUGCAGGCAAAUGGCAGAGACACCAAGGAGCUGUUCUUCCCCUUCGGUUUUCACGUGCCAGCUGCUGCUGCCCCUGCUGCGCCUGCUGCCCCUGCUGCUCCUGCAGCUCCAGCUGCUCCUGCUGCUCCUGCUGCCCCCGCUGCACCCCUUGAACCUGUCAUUGCUGUUGGUGCUGGUGCUGCACCCACCGGUGAUGAUGAUGAUGACGACGACUAAAAAAUCAGAGUCAGCAGGAUGUGUGGCCAAUACUAUAAGCCCCCUCCAGCUUAAUCCAGUGAAAGAUGACCAGUCAACACUGCUGUUUCCUAAAGUAUGAAAAAUGUGGUGUCAUGCCCCUGAAAAGAAAAUGGUGUUCUGCAUUUUUAGGGAAAAUGGUGCUUUACAAAAAGAUGGUGCUGUGCUUUCAUAUGGAAAAAAAAAGGCAAAAAGGUGCUACGUUUUCUAAUAAAGUAAUGGUCCUAUGCAAUGAA